AUGGCUAAGUCCAACAUUCUAUCUCCAAUAUUUUACAACACUCUACAAGGCGUUCUUAAUUUCCAGAGAGGUUUUCAACCGCAAGACACCGAUAUAAUCCUCGCUUCUUUCCCCAAAUCAGGCACUACUUGGCUCAAAGCCCUCACUGUUGCCCUCCUCGAAAGAUUGAAGAACCGUUCUUCUAAUGAUCAUCAUCUUCUGCUAUCUGAUAAUCCUCAUGGGAUUGUUCCAUUCUUUGAGAUCGAUAUGUAUAACGAAAGCUUAAGUCCUGACUUGGUCAACUUCUCAUCAUUUCCGAGGUUGUUCUCCACUCAUAUGCCACUACACGCUAUGCAUGAAACCCUCAAGGAAUCUCCUUGCAAGAUUGUGUACGUUUGUAGCUGUAGGGACGUGAAGGUCAUGUUGAUCUCUUUGUGGUUUUUCGGGUGCGCUAUUCAUAAAAUAGAACUAGAUAAAAAUCUGCUCGGGUCUAUGUUUAAAUCGUUUUGCAGCGGAACUGUCUAUUAUUAUGGACCCUUUUGGGAACAUCUUCUGAGCUAUUGGAGAGAAAGCUUGGAAAACCCCAACCAUGUUCUAUUCAUGAGGUACGAGGAGAUGAAAGCAAAGCCUCGUGAUCAGAUCAAGAGACUUGCCGACUUCUUGGAUUGUCCUUUUACUAAAGAAGAAGAAGAGAAAGGAUCGGUGGACGAGAUCUUGAACUUCUGCUCUCUGCGUAAUCUGAGCAGUUUGGAGGUUAACAAAACCCAAAAAACAAACAAUGUGGAUCACAAGAAUUAUUUCCGUAAAGGGGAAGUCGGUGAUUGGAAGAACUAUCUUACUCCUGAAAUGGAGAGCAAGAUAGACAUGGUCAUCCAAGAGAAACUUCAAGGUUCUGGUUUGAAAUUCUAGAGGUAUAUAUAUUAUAGUUUGUGUUUUCUUUGAUGCUUAAUAAGAGUACCCAUUCGUUGUUAUGUUCCUUAGUAAUGUAUUCUGGUUGUUGAUUUGAUGCGUUUUAAAUUUAAAUAGUCAAAUAAUGAAUACUGAAGAUUGAUGUAAUAUCCUAUACUAAAUACUGAAGAUUUUGAGGUAAACU